GAGGCGCAUGCGGCACGGAAAGUGACAGAUUUACUGAGUGCAGUUAUGUGCGGUUAUGCAUGUUUCCUGCAUCUGACAUAAUCGUCUCGUGUGAUGUUCUGAGCCAGCAGUCUCACCGCUCGGUCCAGCACGUUCCUGCACAUUCAACUGACAUGGCAGCCAAUGCACUUGAGGAGAAAAUUAACAAGAUAAGACAACAAAAUGAGGAAAUUAGAAGGAGGCAUGAGGAAGUGGAAGAAGAUAAGAAAAACGCAGCUAAACUGAAUGCACUGGUGCAAAUGGUACCGUCUACAGAUUGGCCAGAGAGAAAAGAGCCACCGGACUUUUCUAAUACACCUAGAACGAACACCAAGCCGAAAUCUGCCAAAGAGCAUCAUGAACCUCCUCAACAGUAUCAUUCUACGGGUGGCGAAGGAAGAAAAGUUCAUAUCUUUGCUCAGGGGCAAGGGCCUCCACCUGAUCCCAAAUAUAACUUCCUUGCUGAUGCCGAGAGAGAAGAAGGCAAUGUGAAAAGUACAAAGGAAGGGAAUAAUCCGCAAAACAGAGGGCAGAAACAUACAAAGGGUACAUUUAGGAGGAAGCCUGGAGGGAAGGAUGGGAUGCAAAGAGAUUACAGGACGAACAAAGGGUCACACAGGGAUGAGCAUCAGCCAGAGUAUGAGGCUUGGAGAGCGGAGAGAAAUCGUAUCGAUGAAGACCGCAUCAGCAGGCAGAGAACAGCGGAGGGUAAUUGGCGCAGAGAGUGGGACAACGAUAAGUUGUUGCAGGCGCACAUUGUAGACGAGAUGAUGAGACCUGAGGCUAAAUUAGGAGAUUACGCAAAGAAGGAUCAUAAAGAUUUCGAUAGGAGAUACCACGUUAAUGGAAAUGAUUAUGCAAACCAUAAUCGCAGUGGUAAUCGUUCAUAUCGGGGAAAUUCAAGGCAUUUUCAUAAUAAUUAUGAAAAUCGCUCCAACAACACUUAUCAUCAAGAUGGACAUGGUAAAAAUUCUGCAUCAACCGGUUCUGAUGAGAGAACCGUUGUUGCCACCGACAAGAGCAUAAAAGUCACUCUGAAUCAAGGAAACAUGAUGAAAGGACCAGUGAUGAGUGUCAAAGUAAAUUCACCAAGCAUCGCUGGGACAGGUCGAGUUGGGCCGCGACAAAGGAGUCGCGUAACAUAUAGUAGUCACUCAGAUGUUGAAGUAGCUUCUCCCGAUUCCGAAUCUUUUUCACGUCCAAAAUCAUACGAGGACAAAACCAAAGGUAUUUAUCAUGAUAAUUUGCAAAAAUCCCCUAAUUCGCGAAAGUCACAGCCUCCGAAGAAAAAGGACUUCAGCAAUAAAUCUCCUUACUUCCGUAAGAAAGAGAUGAAAAGAGAAAAUGCUAACGAGAAUCCGCAGAAGCAUCACGAAACGGAGAUAUCGCGAAGAGAGUACAAGGAAUCACAAGAACUUUAUCGUUUUAAACCUGAAAAGCAGGAGGAGGAUGCCGCGAAGCCAUUGAAAGAUGAUAAGAUUGUAACUGCGAACGAAAAAGAAAGCGAUGUAAAUUAUUCUGACGAACCUGAUGUGAACAAUAUAGAGAUGAACGAACAAGAUAAUCAAAAUUUAAAUUCACAUACAGAUAAAGAAAAUGAGGUUUGUGCAAACAAAGAUGAUGAAUCUGCUUUGCAAAACUCAGAUUUAUCUGAGUCCAAAGUCGAAAUGGAAAUUGAAAUAUAUAAGACAAGCGAGAAGGUGGAAAACAAAUCAGACGAAUCGCAGGUUAUUCAAGCAAUUUCGGAAGCGACGUCGGAAUGCGAAACUACUCAAACAGAUUUAACUGAUGUAAAAGAUGUCGAUGAUAAUGACAGAAGUGAGAUUAAGUCUGUGGAAAAUCCGACAUAUGAUGAACAGAAUGAAGAGCAGAAUCUAUCAAUAGAGCAAACCGAAGAAAUAAUAAGCAAUAACUGUGAUAAUAAGCAGAGUGAAGAUACGAAUGAAGAAGAAAACGAUGUGAAAUGUGACACAGGAAGUGUUUCUCCCAAAGAAGAACAGACAGACGAAGUCAUAAUUCCAUCUCCAACUGACAUAAAUUUCGUAGCAGAAGAAGAUUUUGCAGUAGAAGAAGAUAAUAAACCGGAAAGUGACGAUGAAGUCUCGAAAAAGAUAGAAAUCUCAGUUGUAGAAGAUGGAAUUGCUACUGCAGAUGAACAGAUUGAAACCAGCAAUAAACAGGAUGUAACGAAGUGCACUGACGAAACUCAAGAACGCACAAGUAACAAUGACGAUGAAGAAAAGAGCAGUGCUGGAAGUAAUGUUGUAGUUGAUACGAUAGAAUCUCCAGAGAAAGAUUUGCAAAUAGAAAACGAAAAGGCAGCUCCAAGCACAGUGAUCGAAACUGUGACAUAAUAAAAGAAAGAAAAGAGAUGAAAUAAAAUGUAUAAAAUGUUGCAGAUAUAUAAGUUACCGAUAACGUGAUAGGAGAAAGCUUUCAUAAAUACUUGUUGAAACGCGUGAUAUAUAUUUCAAAAGUCAAUUUUUACGGCAAUAUGCGAGUUGAGAAUAUUUCGAGUUAUUAGAAUGUUUGCAACGAAUUCUUAUUUUUGGAACAAGCAUUCAAGCAGUGUUACAUGGAUAAUCAGACGUCCGCCGAUGUGAUGAUGCGCAUCACAAUUUUUUUAUUUCAGAAUUUUAUACUGUGUUAUAUUUUCUGUUUAAUUUUAUUUCCGAUUCUCUUAAGAUUGCUGCUCUAGAGUUUAAAUAAUAUAAUGAUAUAUAUAUAUAUUUAUAUAAAUAUAUAUAUAUCGUGCACUAUUUUACGUUAAUAGAAGCACAGCACUUUUGUAAUGAUAAGAAAAAUAGUUUAAAUGACAGUUAUUGUGUGACAUCUCCGAACUUUUUCUAUAAAAUAUGACGCGAAAGAAAAAAAUUCAUUCUUGUUCGAGUGACAAUCAAAAAGUAUUUUUGUAAUUGGCACAAGCAAUCAAAGUGGAUUGUUUCAAAUUAAUGGAAAUUGUGAGAUUAAUAAAUUCUAAUUAGAUAUAAUGAUAACUACAUCUAAUUAGCGAUUAUAUCUAAUAUUCGAGCAGAAGUAACUUUCUCUGAUUGACAAUGUUAUUGGAGUUUAUAGUUUAUAAAUAUAUUUAUUUAUAUUUUUCUUGUGCCUAAUAUCAUUUAUGUUUUUUUUUUAUCUUUAUUUCGUUGCUUUUACGAUUCGUUAACAUAUUGCAUAAUUCUGGAGGCUUAUACACAAUUAAAAUCAUCGUUAGAUUUUUUAAAAAGAAUAGAAUUGUAUAGAAUAUACGCACACAUUUGAGAUUAGUUUCUUAUACUUAGUACAUCAUGCUAAGAAUAUUUAAACUAAUAGCCGAGAUCUGGCGAAAAUGAUGAUAGUGUGUAAGAGUUGCGAGAGAAUUCUUAUCUUCGGAAAACUUCUCGAAAAUUUGUAUUUUCUCUCGAAAACUAAUUCUGAAGUGUUACUUUAUUGUUUAAAUUUCCUUGGAGAAGGAUGAUGUUGCCAUAUUCAAUAACGUGAAAUUUCAAGCCUCCGUAAUUUUAUUAUUCUCAGCCAUACUUUUCGCAUUUCUAAGAUUAUAUUAACUUAAAAAUGGUAAUAAAACAUUGUUAAUAAAUCUAA